AUGUUGUUUGUCGCUAAAGUCUCCAUAUUUACUCCUUUCCUCUCGCUGCUUUCUUAUGCGUCUGGUUCUCCCUCCAGCUAUUCCAAUAUUGACUCGAAGGUGGCUCCAGGGGCGACCAUAUCAUAUAAGCAAACAUGUAUCUGUGAGACAACGCCAGGUGUAAAAGCUUUCAGCGGGUACAUCCAUCUACCAAAUGCCCUGCUCUCAGAUUCCGGAGGUGCUACACCUUACAAUGCAAGCAUGUUCUUCUGGUACUUUGAAUCUCGCAACGACCCAAAAUCCGCCCCUUUAUCCCUCUACCUCGGUGGAGGCCCCGGCACAAACUCCCUCGGUGGUGCAACGUUCGAGAAUGGGCCCUGCUACAUCAACGCGGACUCCAAUAGCACAACACUCAACCCUUGGUCUUGGAACAACAACGUCAAUAUGCUGUAUAUUGACCAGCCGGCACAAGUUGGCUUCUCAUAUGAUGAGCUUGUCGUCUCGACCUUGGAUUUCCUUACUGGAAAGAUUGGUGUGGCGAAUGGAACUAUUGAGACAAAUGAGACAUUUGUGACAGGUGUGCUACCCACGCAAAACAUGGGUGCCUCAGCGAAUACUACGGCAAACGCCGCAAGAAUUUUGUGGAAAUUUACCCAGAUAUGGACGCAGGAGUUUCCAGAAUGGAAAUCGACAAAUGACCGCAUCAGCAUUUGGGCUAAUUCCUAUGGUGGUCAUUGGGCCCCCGGAGCAAUGUCUCAUUUCCAGAACCAAAACCGGAGGAUCGAAAACGGCACGCUUGACGGGAUCAGUGCAAAGCGCCUCCGUCUUGAUACCCUUGGACUCUCAAACGGUUGCGUCGACGCCAAAAUCGAAGCUCCAUUCUACCCUGAGAUGGCUUUCAACAACACAUACGGUUUCAAAACCAUCCCAGAAGACGCAUAUCACGAAUCUCUUAACAAUCUUACGAAGCCUGGCGGCUGCAACGAUCUAAUUGACCAAUGCCGAGAGCUAGCCGUGUAUGAUCCCAGCAACGCAGGCGUGAAUGAGACCGUGAAUCAGGCUUGCGCGCUGGCGACCAUGUACUGUUUCCAGUUCGUCCAAGGUGCAUACGUAAAUUUAUCCGGUCGAAGCGCUUUCGACAUUUCCCUUACUAAACCAGCCGUCUUCCCACCUGAGUACAUCAUGGGAUACAUGAAUCAGGAAUGGGUGCAGAACGACCUCGGCGUCCCGUUAAAUUUCUCCAUUAGCGCAAGCUUUCUCGUCAACGUCAUCUUCGGUGUCACAGGAGACCCUGUCAAGCUUACAAUUGAUACCAUGAACUCUAUUGCUGAGGGAGGUGUUAAAAUAGCACUCGUUCACGGAGACAGGGAUUACCGAUGCAAUUGGCUCGGCGGUGAAGCCGUAAGCUUAGCAUUGGAGUACCACUCGUCCUCCCAGUUCCGCUCUGCGGGCUACGAACCCAUUACCACAAACUCCUCAUAUCAAGGUGGCGUCGUACGCCAACACGAGAAAAUUUCCUUCUCCCGCGUAUUCGACGCCGGUCAUGCCGUUGGCGCCUAUCAACCCGAAACUGUUUCACAGAUAUUCGAUCGUGUUAUGCUUGAUAAAGAUGUCGCUACUGGAAAUGUGUCAAUUUCCGUAGAUGGGCAUGGAAAUUAUAGUUCGAAGGGCCCCAUGAGCAGUUUCGGGAUCAAGAACACGCUGCCAGAGAGUCCGAAGAGUGAAUGUUAUGUCUGGGAUGUGGUGAAUACAUGUACGGAGGAAGAGGUACUUGCGCUGGUUAAUGGAACGGCGGUUCUGAAGGAUUUUAUCUUGACAGACGUUGUAGUUUAG